AGAAGCGAACACAAGACAACCAAAAACUCGCUGCUGACCACACGGCACCACAUCUUCAACUCUCUGUCUCUCUUUCACUCUACCUAUUUUUUUAUUUUCAUUUGUUUUCUCUCUCUUCAAUUGGCGGUGAUUGGGCGCUGCGCCGCCGGCUGCGUGGGCCGGUGGCAUGGACGGCGGAGAGGUGGCGGGAGGUGCUUCCCCGUCUUCGGCGGAAUCGAGCUUCCGCGAACUGGACGAUGUGUUCUUGCAGACUCAAACAAGAAUAUGGCUUGGAGAAGUCCUGCUGACAAGACUAGACGAGCAUCUGAAUAUUUCUGAUUUACUCGCUGAUGGGGAACUGCUGUUUGAAGUGUCUAAAGUUGUAUGGAAAAUGCUGUUGACAAACUGUAUGGAGAUAAAACAUCUGAAAGCAUAUAAGGCAGUUUCAUCUAGGAAGAGCAGUGGGAGGUAUAGGCCUUACUCUAAUGUCGAUUCCUUUUUGAAGAUCAGCAAAAUUUUGGGGUUGACAGGCAUUGAUCUCUUCUCUCCAUCAGAUGUUGUUGAGAAAAGAAAUACUCGAAGAGUUUGUAUGUGCAUUCGUUCACUCUCAAAGAAAGCUAGGUCAAAAAAUUUAGAUGUUCCAGAUUUUGAUAUUGUUACUUACACAGUAGCCAUGCCCACAAAUAUGGUUGGAUGCAUCCGAAGAAGCUUGGAGCUGUCACAGUGCAGCUUUUCGAGUUCUGAUAGCUACAAUCAAUACAAGGAUCCAAAAAUGACAUGCAGGAAGAAAAACUCAGUUGCAGCUGGUGCCAGGAAUUACGAUACAUAUUCCCAGGAGUCUGACAUAGAAAGCAAUUAUACGGGAUUUCAAUCUCACAGCCCAUCCAUGAACUGUGCUUCUGAUUCUGCAUUGCUGAUCAACUUGGAUUUAGAAAAUUCACCAGAAGUAUCUUCAGUCGUCAAAAGUUACACUUCUGUACAAAAUGAAUUUCAAUUGGAAAUUCAAGAUCAAGAGAAAGAUGAAUAUACACAAUGUCAAUGUGAAUCACGAUGUUUAGAUGAACCAGUGGGAUCUCUUUGCUCACAUUGUGUGAAGAAGGAUCAUCUAGCAGAUAGCAUCUCAUUCCCAUCAUGGGUUGAUUCUGAAAUCAAGUUAAGGACCAGGAGUAGUUUACAUAUAAAUAGAGGAGUAAGACAUGAUCGCCAAAUUGACAUGCUGGACCUUAUUCAAAUUGAUCUUUAUUUGGGAAAUGGUGCUUCCACAGUGGGAGAUUCUACAGAUGGCAGCUCAUUGGAAAAAGGUCAUGCUUCCAAUGAUUUAGCGAUUCCUGAUUUAAUUGACCAUGGGACUGAUGAUGGUGGCCAUGUUUUGUUUGAUGGAGAUGAUGAUAUACUAAAAUUGGAAAUGAGUAGUGAUUCUUGUGGAUCAAACUCACCAGGACAGACUUCUGUAAAUGGAUUUGGAAGGAUACACUCUGAUAAUCUUGAAGAUGCAGAAGAAGUAUCCUCCAUGGCAAGCCUGGGCUCUGUGACAGGUAGGGUGCGGCACUUGGAUUUUGAAGAUCAAUUAGAUGAAGAAGAUGAUUUGAGAACAGUUAAAGUCCUGUUUCCUGAAUUGCAGAGUCAGAAGGAUGACUUGGUGAAUAGGAGUUGUUUGAUAGGAGUACGUAAAUCUCAGGACAUGCUCAGACAUGAAAAAAUAAUUCAUAGUUCAACAUUGGGAUAUCCAGAUCAAAUCAGAGAUCUCUCAGACAAUGGAAAGAUGACUAUUGGUGGAACCAUGACAGAAUCAGAUCCUGGUAUUAAAGAGCACUCAAAUGAACUUCUUCAAGCAGCUUAUUUUGAUAGAGUAUGUGAAGAUUCAAAUGCCUCAUCCGAUAUUAUAGCAUCUCAAGAUGGUGAAAAAUGGAACAAACUUAGCCACACAGAUUGCAGUGUUGGUUUCAAGCACUGCCAAUGUCCACAUAUACUGGACAUGAUUGAAGUGGAUAACCAUGUACAACCAUAUGAAUCCACAUUAGAAAAGUAUCUCUGCUUAACAUCUGGAAGUUCACAAAAUGUUGGUAAAACAGGUCAAGAAGUGUGUACAGAUCCCAAAAACUGUAUUCCUUGUGCAGAGAAUAUGGGUAAAGCGAGCGGCCAGGAUGAAAGGAAACACGAAAAGAUGGAUGUAAGUGCAGCUGAAAUUUCAGAUAGGAAGGAGGAUAUAUCCACUGGAAUACCGCACCACAAGCCCCAGAAAAGGCCACGGCUGAAAUCAUUGGUGAUAGGGACAGCAGUUUUUGGUGCAGUGCUUGUGUUGCUUCAUCUAAGGAGGAGAAGCAGCAGAGAUGAAACAGGGGAACCAAGUAUCCGACCUAGACAGACUCAGAAGGUAAAAUGUAUGGAGUUGUCAUCACAAAAAAGACAGAAGGGAGGUAAUGUAGAUGGGGUUUAUCCAGCUGAAAAACUUAGAUUUUCAGAGUAACAUAGAUUCAUACACAUCAUAGGGCUAGUUAGUCAGUAGAAAACAUGUUCAUCUACUCAGGAAGAGGGCCAAACACUGAAGAUUCAGCUAGAAGUGGUAGAUAUGUUCAUGAGUCACAUUUCAGAAAUGAAAUAUGAGUGUUCAGUGGGCUGAGGCUUUGGGGGAGACCCUGUCUCCAAAAUUUUCUUCUUAUCUUCCAUGUUCAAGAGUACUAUCAUACUAUUAUUAUCAAUCAUGUUAAUGAAAAUUGACAUCAUCGAUAUUUAUCCGGUC